AUGUCGCAGUCUACUUCACAAGUGAGUGCUUCUCACUACAAGGACUGGCCGAACACGACCGGCCUCGACGCUCACUAUGAGGAGCGAAGCCCCGUUGAGCUGAGUGUUGAAGGCAAGAUUCCGUCAUAUAUCUCUGGCACAUUGUUUCGGACCGGCCUUGGGCCUCGUAUCAUCGACAGAGGAGCCGCUCCUGCAUUUAAGGUCAACCACUGGUUCGACAACUUCUCACAGGUACAUCGCUUUCACAUCGACCCUUCUGGCUCGGUUAUGUAUAAUUCACGUCUAACCUCUGAUGGUCUGAUCGAGCAAGCAAGGAAGACCGGAAAAUUAGAAGGCUUCACAUUUGCUAGAAAGUACGAGCCUUGCAGGAGCUUCUUCAAGAAAGCCCAAGCCAUGUUCCAGCCAGUGCAGAGACCAAAUGCGCCGAACGAACGCAAUGUUGGUGUAACGAUUACAGCAAAUUACCCAGGCUUGGACAAUAAGGGCCACGCCAGCAUAGUACCUUACGAUAAAGCAACCGUGUCGCAGAUUACGAUGAAAACCGACGCCUCCGUAUUUCAGAUCCUAGAUCCCGAGAGUCUAGAGCCGGUCGGUGUGGCAGAGCAAGCCAAGCUGCACCCUGAACUCACAGGACCCUUGAGCGCAGCACACGCUGAACACGACCCUACAACAGGAGACAUAUUUAACUACAACCUUGACCUGGGCCGGACUGCCACUUACCGUGUCUUUCGCACAUCUGCCUCCACAGGAAAGACAUCAAUACUUGCCACAAUCUCUCAUGAUCCAGCUUACAUCCACUCUCAGUUCCUCACUGAGAAUUAUCUUGUACUCUGCAUGUGGAACAGCAGCUUCACUAAGGGCGGUGCUUCGAUGCUCUGGCACCGGAAUCUGAUGGAUGCCAUGAUUUGGGACAACAAGCGCCCUGCCACAUGGUUCGUCAUCGACAAGCGACCCCCCGAACAAGGCGGUCGAGGCCUCGUUGCUCGAUACGAAACAGAGCCGUUCUUCUGUUUCCAUUCCGUCAACUCGUAUGAGGAGACGGUCGACGGCAAAACAGACAUUGUGUGCGACCUGCUGGGCUACGAGGACAUAUCUGUGCUCAGCCGAUUCUACUUCAAGAAUAUGCUCUCGGACAGCCCCGCCGCCGCGAAGUGGUCCGAUCCAUCAAACACCAAGGCACGGCCCACCUACCGCCGUUACCGUCUCCCAGCUAUUCCCGAUCGCCCCAACAAGGCCGUCAGUAAGGCCCUCAUUGAGUAUCAAAGUCCACCCCAAAGCGCACCCGAGCUCCCAACCAUCAAUCCCAAUUACCAGACCAAGAAGCACCGCUACAUCUACGGCAUCAGCGACACCGGUCUCUCCACAUUUGCCGACUCCCUGGUCAAAUACGACACCGAGACACACGAGGUCAAACGCUGGAGCGUGCACGGCCACACCGCAGGCGAAGCCAUCUUCGUUCCCGACCCGGCCGGCAUGGACGGGGAGGAAGAUGAGGGCGUGCUCCUGACGGUCGUCCUCGAUGGCUUCGAGGGCAAGAGCUAUCUGCUCAUCCUCGACGCGCGGUCCUUGGACACAGUGGCAAAGGCUCACGUGGACGGUGUGGUGGGCAUGGGGUUUCAUGGACUCUGGGCGGGCAGCAAAGCCGAGCUCGCGACGACGACGACGACGACGCCGGUGGCCAAGCUGUGA